GCCGGACCGGCCAAUCUCUCACGAGAUCAUACUUGAGGCCAGCGCCGUGCCACCGAAAGGAUGCAUUAUCGCAUGUCCGAGGAGGAGCUCACGGUUCUCCGUGCGCAGCUCGACGAUCUACUCGACAAAGGUUGGAUCCGCCCUAGCAGCUCACCUUACGGUGCGCCCGUUCUCUUCGUUCGGAAGAAGAACAAGGACCUUCGACUUUGCAUUGACUACCGAUGCCUCAACGCGCAAACCAUCAAGAAUGCGGGGCCUCUACCUCACAUUGACGAUUUGCUUGAGCGCUUGGGCGGCGGGAAGUACUUUUCGAAGUUGGACCUCAAGUCGGGCUACCAUCAGAUUUCCAUCCGCCCGCAAGAUCGGUACAAAACCGCGUUUAAGACGCGAUAUGGGCAUUUUGAGUGGGUAGUUAUGCCUUUUGGCCUCACCAAUGCCCCGGCCACCUUUCAGGCGGCCAUGACCACCGAGUUUCGCGUUAUGUUGGACCACUUCGUUUUGGUCUACUUAGACGACAUCCUCAUCUAUAGCCGAACUCUAGAGGAGCAUCUCGAGCACCUUCGCCGUGUUCUAGAGACUCUUUGGUCAGCCCGGUACAAAGCUAACCGCGACAAAUGCGAGUUUGUCCGGCAAGAGCUUGAAUACUUGGGUCAUUUUGUCUCUCCGGAAGGCAUUCGUCUGUUGGCGGACAAGAUUCAAGCCAUCCAGGCGUGGUCCGAGCCGAAGAAUCUGACGGACGUCCGAUCCUUCCUCGACUUGGCCAGUUAUUUUCAGCACUUCAUCAAGGGUUACUCGAAGAUCGCGGCCAACCUAAGCAAGUUACAAAGCGAGGAGCGGCCUUUUGACUUCGACGAGAACGCGCGUCAUUCUUUUGAGAAACUCAAAGCGGCACUCUUGUCCGCUGAGGUGUUACAUAUUUACGACCCGCUUCUAGCUACGCGCGUCACUACCGAUGCGUUGGGCUAUGGCAUUGGGGCUGUCCUUGAGCAGCACGAUGGCACGAACUGGCACCCGGUCGAGUACUUUAGCAAGAAAGUACCUCCCGUGCAUUCGAUCGACGACGCACGGAAGAAGGAACUUCUUGCCUUCGUCCUCGCCCUCAAGCGUUGGCGACAUUUCCUCCUUGGUCGGAAAGCAUUCCGAUGGGUAACGGAUAACAAUCCGUUGGUAUUCUACAAGUCGCAAGACACGAUUAACAGUACCAUUGCCCGUUGGAUGGCUUUCAUCGACCAGUUUAACUUUUUCCCCGAUCACAUUCCCGGAAAGUCAAACCGUUUUGCGGACGCCCUCUCACGGCGACCGGAUCUUUGCACCGCAGUCUACUCUACCUUUGAGAUCGACGACGACUUGCGGGAAAGCUUCAUCCGCGGCUAUCAAGCCGACCCCCACUUUCGCGACAAGUACGCGAAUUGCUCCUCUCCGAAUCCGGUGCCUUCGCAUUAUCGGAUCCAAGAGGGCUACUUACUUGUGCAUUCACGGGGUAAGGAUCUUCUUUGUGUGUCGAGUGAUUCACACUUACGCACACGGCUUGUUGGUGAGUUUCACGAUGCGCCCACCUCUGAACAUUUUGGUGUCAACCGUACACUUGGCCGACUUCGCCAGCGGUUCUAUUGGCCCAACCUUCUCAAGGACGCCACCCGCUAUUGUGAGUCGUGCGAAGUCUGUCGGCGUUGCAAGUCACGCAACCAUCGUUCGUACGGUGAGCUACACCCAUUACCAGUGCCCCUUGGGCGACGAGAAGCAAUUGCUAUGGAUAUCACCGGCCCCUUUCCGAAGCACAAGACCGGCGUUGAUGGGAUCCAUACGGUCGUCGACCACCUCACCAAGUACGCCAUGUUUUUGCCUUGCCGCUAUCACGCAAAGGCACCAGAGUUGGCCGAGGUUUUAUACGCCGGUUGGACUCGCUCCAAGGGCUUUCCCAAGGAGAUCGUUUGCGACCGGGAAACUCGCUUUCUCUUCGACUUUUGGGUCGCCCUCGUCAAGCGAUGGGGCUCAUCUUUGAACCCGAGUUCGGCGCGCCACCCGCAAACCGAUGGUCAAACGGAAAGGGCGCAUCAGACCGCUCAAGUCCUUCUCCGCAUUCUCAUCCAUCCCGACCAGGUUGAUUGGGUUGAGCGCUUGCAAGACGUUGAGUUGGCUUACAACUCAUCGAUCCACCCGGCUAUCGGGAUGUCGCCAUUCCAGUUUGAGCAUGGUUCACCCAUCUCAUCGCCGUUGGACAGUACUUUGCCGCGCACAGCCGAGAGCGACGACCAUCUUGCGUUCCUUCGUCGCAUGCAAGAGCUUCUUGUCAAGGCACAGGAUCAGAUGUCGAAGACGCAAAUAYGGAUGAGCCGUCAAGCCAACCGCAAUCGCCUUCCUUGCCCGUUCCGCGCCGGCGAUCUGGUUUGGGUCUCCGCAGCGGAGUUCAGCCUUGAGCAAGACAUCUUUCGCAAGCUCCUUCCCAAGUGGAUGGGGCCUUGGCGCAUUCUCUCUGCAGUUGGUGAUGAUCCCGAUGAGCCCUCAUUCCGCAUCGCAAUGCCACCUCACUUGCCCGUCCACACGGUGUUCCACUGUUCCAAACUCGCUCCUUUUGUUUCAGCGGAGUCCGACGAGUUUCCCGGUCGACGUACGCAAGACCCUCCUUCCAUGGACGGAUUUCAGGAGGCCGGCUACAUCAUCACCGACCGGCGUCUCCCACGACCUCGUGGCCACCUGCGCUCUACAGCAGGAGGAAAUCCUUCACCUGCAGCAGACAGUGGACCAGAUGCUCGCACGGCUGCAGGCGUUGGAGAACAGCCAGCUGCUGUAGCAGCCGUAGGGCCUUCCACCCUUACCACCCGUGUGCAAGUUUUGGAGGAUGACGUCAGCAAAAUCAAGCGUGUGCAUCAGGACUUUCGAACGUCGCAGCAAGCAACGAACUUGCAGUUGGAGACCCAGGUCCAGGCUGCUGCCACCAUGACGCCCGCCGCCGCAUCCUCCCGGCGCCCACCCAAACUGGAUGACAUUCCAGUUUUCUGCGAUCAGUCGAAGACGGAACCGAUCCCGUGGUGGCGCCAUUUUACUCUCAGGCUCGACAUGCACCAUGUCCCGAACAACGAUCGACAUCCGUGCUUGUACCACCGAUCUGGUGGUGCGUGUCAAGCAUGGCUGGACAACAUCUUGACCAGCCACGCCGUAGCAGUGUCGGAACUGCACACCAAACUCACUUGGCCGGAGUUGACCGAUGCCUGGCACAAGCGAUUCCAAGUGGAGCCGCCCGACCUGCAAGCGAUGGACAAGCUCAACAAGCUCCAUCAGAACACGCUGCUAAGUCAGGACUGGAUUACCGAGUUCCAAAGACUCGCCUCCACACCUGACCUGCCGCUCGCAUUCCRCGCCAUCAAGCACUUGUUUAUCAUGCGCUUGUGUUCAGCUCUGCAAAACGCGCUGAUGCAGAUUGCAGAGACACUCGACAUAUAUGACAAGCUUUUCAGCACAGCGUCACGGAUCAUUCUCACGAAUAUCGAAGCCCGCAACGCCGACCGAUCUUCCACGACGACGAGCGACACCCAGCCCAAGCCAAAGGUGGCUUGCAUUACUUCUACCGAGGCUGCAACACCAAACGAGGGUGAAGUGUUGGCAGCUGCCCGGGAAGGUGGCCGGCCGCGCAACAACCACGGCCGCGACAAGACGAAGACUCAGUCCAUCUCUACACCGAGCACCGGAUCAGCCGCCGACGAACCUUGGGCACAAUACGGACUCUCGGCGAAUUCUUAUCGCACGAGACUCAAGUACCGUUACUGCCUUUGGUGCAACAACACCAUCCACGAUGCUGGACAUUGCCCCACCAAAGGGAAACCCCGUAAGGGAAAGUAGGCGCAGCCGAGGGUAACUCGACACCUCCCUCGACGCCAUCGGAAGCGGUUGUGCGCACGACCGCCCUUUCUUCCGAGGCAUAUGCGGAU